AUGGCUGACUUCACUAAAAGUUUGAUUAUCGGGCUCGUCGUCUGUGCCGUCGUCGUCGUGAUAUCUGUCUGCCUAAUCUAUUAUCUCGCCCUCAACUGGUCCAAGUUGGUACGGCGAAUUGCUCCCAACCGCUGGGCAGAGCCACAAAGCGAAAAAGCAGAAUGGCCGCAGCCGAGGAAAUCCAUCGAGACCGACUUUUCACCUACGCCCUCGCCCACAUCUUCUCCCAGAUCGUCUCCCAGAUCGUCAAGAAUGAGCACCGAUCCGAUGAUCGGUCACUUCAAAUCCCACAAUGACGAACCAAUAACACCCCCUCCCAACGUAAAGUCAUAA